CAAGCCUUCUAUUGCUCUCGCUUCUCAUCGGCAGAGAUGGCGCACGGCGUCGCCGGCGGCGCCCCCGCCAUCUGCCUCUGCCCACGCGAAGCAGCCGUCCGAGCCGCGCUCGUCUCCCGCCCUCGGUACCGUCUCCGGGUGCUCGCGUCGGCCGUACUCCCGCCGGCCAUCGAAGGCCAGGGUGUGGAGUUGUCGGUAACGACUCGGCGAGGCCGGGUGCUGCCGGUGCUCAAGGACUGCUCCCUUCGAGUCCCUCCGGGGCAGCUCUGGAUGCUCCUCGGCCCCAACGGCUGCGGCAAGUCCACCCUCCUCAAGGUUUUGGCAGGUUUUUUAAAUCCCUCUGCUGGUACAGUGUAUAUUAAUAGGCCAUGCAGUUAUGUCUUCCAAAAUCCUGAUCACCAGGUAGUGAUGCCGACAGUGGAAUCAGAUGUUGCAUUUGGUCUUGGUAAGCUCAACCUUUCAUUAGACGACGUUAGGUCAAGAGUAUCACAAUCACUGGAUGCUGUUGGAAUGUUAAGCUACUCUCAAAGGCCAAUCCAAACUCUGAGCGGUGGGCAGAAGCAGAGAGUUGCAAUUGCCGGUGCUUUAGCGGAAGCAUCUAAAGUACUACUACUGGAUGAGCUGACCACAUUCUUGGAUGAAUACGACCAGAUGGGUGUUAUCAAUGCGGUAAGGAACUCUGUAGCUGCCGGUGGGGAGGUUGCAGCAUUGUGGGUGACUCAUCGGCUGGAAGAACUCAAAUAUGCAGAUGGUGCUAUUUAUAUGGAAGAUGGUCGGACAAUUAUUCAAGGUGAUGUGUCUACAAUAUCUAGAUAUAUAAAGAAGAAGCAAGCCCGCUACUUCGGUCACUUUGAGCUCUGAUGCUUGGGAAUACGCUUAUGGGAAGAUUUGUACACACCAGAUUAAUGAAAACCAGCGUCUUUUGUCAGACUAUUUCCUGGCAAAUUUCCAAUAUUAGUUCCUAGUUGUAUUCCACUGUCGUUGACUCUUCCUUAUACAAAUGUCCAUUUGGGCCUUUUGUGUUGUCACAUAGGGCAUACAUGUUUGGAUUCUGCCUCUGCUCUGGGUUUCUUUCACUUUUAUUUUUUAUAUGUUAUAAGCCUGGAAACCUCGGGGUGCAUUGCCUAAGCAGAAAUUUCUGGUGGUGUUAGAUACACGACUCCAGUGAACUGGU